UGGGGCAUCCUGGCUGGGUAUGAGGAGCAGAAGCAGCAGAUCGAGGACACGCUGCUGCUGGCGCUUCUGCACCCCGAGGUGUACAAUGAGAUAGCCAAGGGCACACGGCGCCAGUUUGCCAGUAAUCGGCCCCGCGCAGUUCUGUUUGAGGGGCCUCCCGGCACCGGCAAGACCACCUCGGCCCGCAUCAUCGCCUCGCAGGCAUCUGUACCGCUGGUGUACAUCCCGCUUGAGGCUGUGGUCAGCAAGUGGUACGGCGAGAGCGAGAAGAUGCUGGCGGACAUGCUCAAGACGUGCGAGGCGUUCCCAGACGGCUGCAUCAUCUUUCUAGAUGAGCUUGAUGCCCUGGCCACCUCGAGGUCCACAGGCGGGUGCCUGACUGGGCGGAUGCAUGAGGCGACGCGGCGCGUGCUGGGCGUGCUGCUGCGCCACCUGGAUGGAUUCGACUCCACCAACAAGCGUACGGUGCCGUACGCUGCGCUCUCACCGCCACCUCAUCCAUGCCUGCAGGACUUGGACCCAGCCCUCAUCUCCCGCUUCUCCACCUCUGUCAACUUUGGUCUUCCGAACGAGGCGUGCAGGGCCGACAUCCUGCGGCAGUAUGCGCGGCACCUGGGCGAUGCAGAGCUGCUGGCGGUGGCGGCAGCCACGCCCGGCAUGGCGGGCCGCGACCUGAAAGACAUCUGCGAGCAGGCGGAGCGGCGCUGGGCGAGCAAGGCGCGUCUGUGCGGUGGUGGUGGUGCCCAAGGAGCGGCGCUGAUUGGCGCUUGGUUGGUGUGGCUGGCGCAGGGUGUGGUGCGCAGCGCGAGCGAGGUUCUUGAUGUUCAACAUUGUUUCAUGCCGCUUGUGGAUGCUUGCCGCCGCCGUCUUGCGCCUGUGUAG